CCGAUAAGGGAGUCAACGUAUGCAUCCAUAUAUGCAUUGACACAAACAAUAAACAGGAGCACGAGAUGCAUGCGCACAACACGCAAAGCAGACACACUCGCAGUCACGUACAGACAUAGACACACGACGGGCAGACAGAGCGUAUACCCGUGUACGAUCAACCGACAUACGGGCAAUCGUCCAGUCAGACACAUCCAUGCUUCACCGGAUGAUGAAGCACUCGUGAAUCACCCAACGGAUGAGUGCUGUACAGCACGCCAUGAAUGAGUGCAUCCACCCACCCACGCGUCACCUACUUCACCCAAAAGCUCCCGCUCUCGUCUUAACACAUCAUUGAAAUAACAAACUCUUCCUACCUGUCUGCCUGCCUGCCUGCCUGAGCUUCACGAAACCGCGUGACCGGCCUCGUGCAUAUCGAAAUACUCACUCAUCCAGUCAGCCAGCCGACUACUGACUGAACUACAGCUCACUACGAACUACAGCUCAUCACAAGACAGAGGCCCCAGACAUGAUACACACAUACAUGCCGACACACACUUGACACGAAAACAUACAUACAUACAUACAUGUCGAACGAACGAACGAAUGAACGAUGGAAAUGGGCACAAGGGCAAAUGAACAAGUGAACCAGCACUCAUCAGCAGGAUGACGUCCGUUGCCCUGAGAACCUGACAGAAUGUCCACACACAACCACACAUGGAUGACGUCAUCAGCUCAGCGCAAAUCAUCAAUGAGUGAAUGCGCGUCGAUCAACACCACGUACCUUGGUUUUCGGCUCACGACCUCCCGUAGAGGUAGAAGCCGACCCAGGGGAUGUGGUGGUUCGGCAAUGGCACCUCCUUCUCGUACGUGCACUUAUAGAACUCAGGCCACUCCACUGAUUGUUGCAAAGAAGGAAAGGAAGCCACACAUACACAUACAUAUGCUGACUGCUGGUACAUGCAGCGCCUGUUGGCCUAUGGUAGGUCACUUACCACAUUGCUUGAAGCCGAUCUCCUUGACCUCGAAGCACUUGUCCUCCAUCCGCGAGCACGGCAUCGGCACACUGAUAUCAAUGAACCUAUGUACGCCACACACCACAGUCAGACACAGACAUGUCAUGGCGUAAGAGUGUGUGUGUGUAUGAGCCGUGCACACCUGGAGUAGCUGGCCACGCCGCCUCGCACUUCCAAAUUCGUGACAAUUAUCUUGUCUGCCAUUUCUCGGAGGUCAGGCACGCCAAGAGAUGCCGUGUCCAGGUCCGUGAAAGCGUUCUCCCCUCGACGACGCAUGCAAUCCUGCAUCUCGCUUGGAAUUUUCUCGGGAAUUGACUCAAGCAGGGUCACGUCAAACAACACGUCAUCGAAGUCCGUAAACAGUGACUUGACUUGCUCAAACGCCUCAGCCACCUACCGGACACCCCAGACGCAGCACACGCACCAGUGUAACCCAUCUGUGUCUCAGGUGUGGCACAAGCUCACGUACCUUGGUGCCUCCCUUCAGCCCCUCCACCAUCGACGGCAGGUCUGGUGCCUGGCCACUGGAAAUGGCCUCAGCAAUAGUCUCCCGAUAGUUCAUCAGCUUGUAAAGGUCCUCGGCGGCCUGCAGCGCGUCCAGAACCGCAGGGACGGUGUCCAUGAGUGUCGUCAGUCUCUCGAUCUUGCCCGCCAUCUCGUCCAGCUGGGCGAUGCGGGACUGCUCUACACUGGUUUUGUUCUCGCUGGCACAUGCUUCAAGGUCAGCACGGGUCUUGCGAAGGAGCUGAGGGACCCUCUCGAGGACGUUCAUGCGAUCGGUUACAGCUGAGGUGACAGUGUUGAUCCGAUCGACGAUAUCGUCUUUGAGAGCCACAAAGUCAUCGGCCAAUCUGUCAGCGGAAUUCUCCUGCAAUGCAGCACAUGUGAAGCAGCGUGUUUGUGAAUCUGGGGUCAUGUCGGGCGUGAAUGUGCUGUGUAUGUACCAGAUAGAGGCGGAAUUCGUGGAUCAGUUGGUCACAUGAAGCGCCGGGGAAUAUACAGCCUGCACCGAGCAAAACCGAUCUGCACAAAGAAACGUGCUCUGAGAUGUGAAAGGGCACGACACAUGCGGCUGACAUCAGUGGCCUCGCGCACCUUCUGGUAGAAGGCCAAGUCGAUCUCCUCCAGCUCGGUGACGCGAUACAGUGAAGCACCGCGACCGUCUCGGAUCUCAGCCAGGACAUUGUCCUUGUCCGGCUCUUGCACGUUCAACCCCAGGUCGAUCAGACAGUUCUGCACCUUGAGACCCGACUGCACACACACACGAGAGAGAGAGAGAAACAGGGAGAGGCGAAUGCACACGCACGAUUACUCUUUCUCGCCUCAUUCAUGUGCCCACCGUGAGAGCGGCAGAGAUCGCCAGACUAUAGUGGACGCUUUCAAAGGAGUUCUGCAGCCCCUCUCGCAGAAUCUUAUCAGCCAAUUUGAAGCACUCGCAGCUCGCCUCGAGGGUCCUCGUCACAUCGCCACCAAUCAUCGAGCUGAGGGACUUUUCCUCAUACUUGAUCGAUGCACCCGAGGGCACCCUAUUAUCUAUGUACACACAGCCAGAGCGCACAGUCGCCCGCAUUCCAUACUCGCGGCCCUGUCUGGCUUUCCUGUUUCAGCCCCGCUUACCGCAUGUAGCCGCGACAGGAACACGAACACGGAUCCCUGCGACGCGCCGCCGCUCGAUACGAAUGCAGGGUGUUCUUAUGGUGCGGUAGUCGAUCUCGACUCCCGUCGGAAUUUUGAUGCUCGAGCUCAGGGCGUCCACAGCCGUCGGGCAAAUGCUGCCGAUCGCUGCACAUGGACAGUCAAUUAGCAGGCACCACACACACACACAUACACACAGUGUGCGAAUCAAGGCGUGUCGUCUUGUGCGUGCUCUGACCUCACCUUGUGCCUGUGUGCGACGACGCGCCUGACUCAGUAAGUCCGUUUCCGUCCCUGCCAGCCAGACAUACACACACGCAACAACACACACAACGACGAUACAGCAGAUCUAUGUACCCUGCACUGCGGGUGCGUGACGCCCUCCUGUGUGUGCUACGUCCGCCCUGCGUACCUUGGCCAUAGACGGAGGCGACCAAGGCAAGCACCAAUACCACACUCUUGAGCGACAUUGACUCAGUCAAAUCUGACGGACUGUGCUGCAGCAGAUUGAAGAUUGCACCAGCCUUCGGGAAGAGAAGACAAGGGGUCAGUGAACAACGGGAGACAAGGAGAGGUAGAGGACACGUUGUCUUCUCUCUCUCUGAUCUGUCCUGGGAGCGGCAGGGAUGAGCGCUAUCAUGAUCAAAAU